AGCCAGCAGGGGGAGUUUGAGAAGCAUCAGGACGACAGAAAAUGUCAGUGUAGUAUAAAAAAAAUUGUGCGAGGAAUGUGAAAAUUUUUGGUGCACUCUGGAUAGUUUUUUGUGCAUUAGUUACCCAAUCCUGCUCUCAACAAGUGCGUCGGAUCGAUGAAACUAAUAAAUCGUCACUGGAACCAUUGAUUAGGCCAUUCAGAGCGCUUCCCAUUCAGUAGCAAUUUGGUGCUAGCAGUUCUCUGCAGGAAGUCAUUAUAGGUGCAAUAAAAGUUAUCUCCCGCAAACUAUGUUCAAAAGUCGUAGCGAAGGAAAUGUUGUUUAUAAGUGCACGGUUCGAUUGCUGGAAGAUCUAGAUGUGCUGGAGUGUGAAUUUCAGCCACACCACAAGGGCAACUUUCUGCUGGACUAUGUAUGCGAACAAUUGGAAAUCACCGAGAAAGACUAUUUUGGGCUCCGUUUUGUGGACUCCAGCAAGCAGAGGCACUGGCUGGAUCUUGCAAAAACGAUUAUCAAGCAAGUAAAAGAUGUGGAACCCCUCAUACUAUCGUUCCGAGUCAAAUUUUAUCCUGCCGAUCCCUGUCGACUGACGGGUAAUGGCAAAGUGAUGCUAUUUCAGCAAUUGAAACGGGAUCUACGACACGGACGGUUGUACUGUUCGAUUGGAGAAGCCGCGGCACUUGGGGCUCUCAUUGUGCAGGAUGAGCUGGGUGAUUUCGAUGCCGAAGCACAUACCGGUGAGUACGUGUCUUCUAUGAAAAUUGCACUGCGGCAAUCGGAACAGUUAGAAAAGAAAGUGAUGGAGUUGCAUAGGAAGCGUGAACCGGGUCAGGAAGCGGUCGCUGUUCUCGAUGAAUUCGUCGGGAUAGCAAGAAGCUUGGAAACUUAUGGCAUCGAUCCACAUCCGGUGAAGGACCAUCGAGGUACGCAGCUGUAUCUGGGGAUCAACUUUUCUGGUAUCAGUACCUUUGCCGCAGGACGGCGAGCCCAGCAUUUCCGAUGGCCUGAGGUGCACAAAAUUAAUUUUGAGGGCAAAAUGUUCAUCGUUCAUCUUGCGUAUACGGACGAUCGUCGUGAAGUGAAGAAACACACAGUAGGUUUUAAAUGUCCUUCGGGAUCCGCUUGUCGAUACGUCUGGCGAUGUGCCAUAGAACAAAUGUUAUUCUUCACCCUUCCAACAAGCCAGCAUGCGGCUGUAAUGUCCGGUGGCGGGUUUUUCUCCUGGGGAACCAAGUUCAAGUACUCUGGACGAACUGAAAGAGAAAUUCUUUCGGAGUCAUUGAAUGCCCUACGUCAACAAAAAAUGAACAACACCAGCCCUAGUAAAAGGAAAGCACAAAGUGUUCCGGCAACACCUUCAAGCCCUCAAGGUGAUUUGGCCGAAAUCCGUAAGUUACGGUACAGCAGCCUUCCGCGAUCUACAAUGUCAGAACCGUUGGGUGGUUGCAACGAUCACAUGGCUUCGUCCGUUUACUGUCCCGACAACCCACUGCCAACGUUGGAAACGGUUUCGGAGGAAGCACGCAAAACCAAUGGCGAAAGUAAUGACCACCUGUCGGACUACUAUUUUCGUGACUCGUUUGACCAUUCGUCGUCCGAGUCUGGCUUUGUCACUAACACGAUAGAAAACAGACUCGGAUCCCAUCUGCACCACCGCCAAACCUACACUUCCGAUCAUAUUUCAUCGCUGGCGAUGCACAGUAUGGCAAACAAUUCCGCCAUUAUUCAGCAGCAGAAUGCGAGCAACAACGCAAAAAACGUGAAAAAGUUCUCCCUUAUCCAAGCAUUUGUGCCAUCGUUCAUAUUUGUCGUUGUAAUGUUGGCCGUAUCGGCCGUAUACAUACUUGAAUCUGAUUCCGAAAUGUUUAGUUCGAUGAAGAACUGGCCAGAGAUGAUAUGUCUGCGUUACCAGUACUAUCAGCCACUGAAAGAAUUUCUAGCGAAAAAAUUCGGUGCUAUAUUUUGAUUCGCUUUGGUACGACCUGACAGUGACAGAGGUGAGGAAGGGUACGAAAAAGGUUCCAAUGAUCGUCAUUACAGAGAUGCGGGCAGUGACACGGUAGUAAAUGAUAGUUACAUGACAAUUACACUCACGUUACCUGUAACGAGGCAAAUUUAGUCUUUGAUCGUUGUGAACGAUUACUAGAAUGGACAAGUCGGAUGCGAUGAUCAGAUCGGAGUAGAAUAUUACAAUAAUUCACAUGAUUGCACAAAUAGCAGUAUGACCAGUACAUGCGUUCCUGGUUCGCCAUAUUUUCACACAGCUGGAUUUCGUUCAGGAAGCCAAUAGGCAUUCCGUUACACAUUAGAUUUUCGUCUUUGGAUUCUAUGUUUUUCAAUUCAUACGAGAGUACAUAGUCUUGCUUCACUUUUACGUUAGAAAUAUAUUGGAUCUUGAAGUAUUUUUGACGUUCGACCCGCGCACAUAGUGACAGAAAGUUACCCGAACCAUGGGUGAAAUCUCUUUCAGGAUAACGAAAAUUAAAUCAAAAUGUGGUUUGCGUUAUUUUGAAUUUCUCUAUAGAAAGGCAAUAAAAAUGGCUGAAAAAUGACAUUUGGUCGUAGCUCCGGUGAUCCUUAGUUUACCAUUCGAAUCAGCUCGACGAGAUAGGAAAAUGUCUGUUUUUCUCUUCGCACAAUUUUAUCGAAAAUUGCUGAACCGAUUUUACCUGUUCUCAUUUGAAAGCUACUCUUGGGAUGUUAAUCAAAAGUUCAAAUCAAUUGGUUAUCACUUUCGGUUCCGGAGAUGAUGGUAUAAGUAUUUUUUCGGAGACAAAGCCUUGAUAUUACAUUCCUGUAGCGGAAUUUGACCUUCUGUUUCAACAGACUUCGCAGCCGAUUCAGAGUGUACAGAACCAUUGCAUGGCUGGUGCUACGAUUCUACUGACACUACGAAUCCUUCCAGGUCGGGACUCGAACAUACGACAACUGGGUUGUAAAGACCAGCGCCCUAUGCAUUGAACCGCCAACCCGGAGACAGCUGAACCUGUUUCCACUUAGGUUCAUUUAAAAGCUACUUUUGUACUGCGAAUUAAGUUCGCAGAUCAAUUGACCGUCACUUCCGGAGAUGUAAUGGUAUAAGUGACACAACCGAUAAAACGCAUUUUUUCUCCAAAGCUAAAUUUUCUCACAGAUGGCUGAUCCGAUUUCAACAAUCCUUGGCUCAUUUGAAAAGUACUAUUGGAUCGUUGAACAACUUCGAUUGUCAAAGUGCAGAUACUUCCAUAACCGGAGAUAUAAUCGUUAAAGGAACGUACCGACAAAUCGCGGUUUUUUCAUCCGCACAUUUUUCAGCACGUGAACAAGCUCAAACUGAUACUUCGAUAGUCCCACGACAAAAGGGCCUAACUGCAAAUGAGAGCCUCUCUUUGUUUACUUUCUCUUUUGAUUAUUACGGAGCCAUUAUUGCAAAUUCUCUAAAGUUUUCAAUAUGAAUCGAAAGCUUGUAGUUUUACCUUGAAAGUUUUGCGAAGAGUAAAUCGUCAAAUAUAAAAUCAGUUCGGUAAAUCAUGGAAGAGAAAAUAAACAAAGAGAAACUAUCAUUUGCAGUUAGGCCCUUUUGUCGUGGGACGGUCGACUUGUCGUCUCGAGAAUGUUGUCGGAUAUGCAAUGUAAGCGAUCUUUUGAACAACGCGAAUUAACCUAUAAGAAUUUGUGCCAAAAAUCAACCCGAAUUCAUGUAAGAAUUUAUCCUAGUUAAAAAAUAUUUUUUAAUGAUACUGUUUGAGGAGAAAGGCAUUAUCACAUCACUAGGGGGAUUAAGAAGAGGUUUUUGGGAUCGAUUGGUCACUCCGUAUAAUUGAAUUUCGUCGUGUACGCAAGUAAAGUUGUAUUACACAUUCACACCCAAUAAGGCGGAGUUAAUGAGAGCAAAAAUAUAAAAAAAAUCUCCAUUGAUGUUUCCAGUAGAAGAAACGCUUAUUUCGACAGAAAAAGUAAAAAUAGUUUAUUGUAUUCGAUUUGUAGGUCUUUGUAAGUACAGAAUCGUUGAUCUUCUUCGUUAUUAAAGAAGGCUCAGCGCUUUUUCCUGUCUGGAAAAAAAUUUACUACUCUUUUUUUAAAUAUGGAAAGAAGGGGUAAUAGAUCUUUUAGCCUUUCUUAUAUAGAAAUAUUAUGCAAUCACUUUUAUAAUCAACUUUUGAAACUCGGUCAUAUACCAUUCAAAUCAGUUCGUCGAGUGCGCAAAAUAUCUGUAUGUGUGUGAGUAUGUAACAUUUUUGUUCACUCAAUUUUUACAGAGACGGCUUGACCGAUUAUAACAAACCGAAAUUAAAUUCAAGUGAAAGGUCUUGUAGUCCAUAAAAAAUUCCUGGAUUUAAUUCGAAUCUGACUUCCGGUUCCGGAAUUACGAGGUGAUAUGCGCACAAAAUUGAAAAUAUGUGCUUUUACUUUUCUCAGAGAUGGUUGAACCGAUUUUAGCAAACUUAUACUGUUUUCGUUUAUUGUUCAGAGCAGCCUGAGAGGUGACCCAGAGUCGCCCAAACAACUUUUGAGAUGUUUGUUUUAGCAACCUGGGGUGGCUCUAGAUCGGACUCCAAUCGCGUAGUUUCGCUCUGAAAAUUUUCUCGAGUCGCACCACAACAUCCAUGCGAGUUUAUUUAUUUUUUCUUUUUUUCAUGAGUUGUUCAGGGCGCGUACUACGUGUUCGUUUUACUCGGAGUCAGAGUCGCCCGCGUGUAGGUUCUAAAACGAAAACGGUUCUAGAUUCAAAUGGAUGGUCUUGUAGUCCCAUGCAAAGUUUAUGAGUUUUAUUCAAAUUCGACUUCCGGUUCUAGAAUUAGAGGGUAACUAUUUCAAACUUCUGAGUCACUUUCUUCAGAGAUGGUGUGACUAAUUUUCACAAACUUAAGUUCUACGGUCUCUUACAAAACUCCUGAAUUUUAUUCGGAUCCGGUUCCGGAAUUACAGGGUGAAGAGUAAUAAAAAUUGUAUACCGCCGCUCAAAACUACAAGUCUCAAAAUUAUUCCUAUCAAUAGUCAAUUUCAGUAGAAGACCUAACAAAGCUAGUCCGACUAAGCUGAUUCCAGAAGUAUCGGAAAUAGUGGAACUGUUUCACUUAAUAGGUUGCACUAGUUGAUGCAGAAACAAACUUCUUUGUUUUCAUCUAAAAAGCAAAGAAAAUUGUUUCGAAGAAACAAUGAUGAUAAUAUGAAUAAUAUGAGUGAUAUGAGAAAGGCAUCAUCACACCAGUAGGGGGAAUUAAGACAGGUUUUUAUGAACUAAUUUCAUAUAUUAUUUACAUAAUGAUAAACGAAAGAAACACAGGUGAAAAUCAGUCGACGUGUCAAUCAACGGUUUUGCCUUUCUCAUAUAGAAAGGUUAUGCAAUCACUUGAAAAACCGACCAGUGAAAAUUGGCCCGGAGGGCCAAGUGUCAUAUACCAUUCGACUCAGUUCAUCGAGCUGAGCAAUGUCUGCGUGUGUGUGUGUGUGUGUGUGUGUGUGUG